AUAACUUUGUAGUAAACAAAUUAGUAUCGUUAAUGAAAGUCAACGCCUUUUAAGUAAUAGUAGAUUUUCAAAUUUAAAUUUGUGAAACAAAAUUAUAACCGUUAUGCUCCCGGAAACGGUAACAUUUUCAAUAACCCUACUCGUGUAUGGAUCRAUACUUUUACUGCUAAUUUACUAUGUACUGACACUUGCGGAUCUGGAGAGUGACUAUCUAAAUGCUCAAGAAUGUUGUUCACGUUUAAACUUUUGGGUUAUACCAAAAUUCGGAAUACAUGCUUUACUUUGUAUACUGCUAUUGUGUGGAGGGCACUGGAUAAUGCUAUUACUUAAUAUGCCAAUGGCCAUAUGGCUGGGAUAUGAACUGCAAAGACAACCCAGAGAUAGUCUAGGUGUUUACGAUCCGAUCGAUAUACAUAGCCGUGGACUUUUGAAAGUGCAUCUCAGAAAUUGCAUGAUUUAUUUGGGUUAUUACUUCGUUAUGUUUUUCGUAGCAAUGUACUGUUUAAUUAGUUCACUAAUCAAGGGAGAUCCAAUUAAACGACAUGAGGAAGGAGAAUUUAUAACCGAAUUUUAAAUGAACCGUAUAUACUAAGCUGCACUAAUCAAUACGCUACAAUCAAAUAGUUGUAAAUUUUAUGUUAGUUUUAAUAUCGUACUAGUCAAAUUUUGUCACAAUCGCACCGUAUAAUGAUAAGUAGUAAUGUCUUCCUUUUUUAAAUUUAAGUGCAGAGUAUCGUAAUCAUUUUGAACCAGUCAAAACUCAUGGUCAUUCGCUCUAAACGUUGUAUCGACUCAUCUAUUCAAUAAUAAGUGCACACGCAUAUAAACGCAUUUGUACAUAUACAUAACGGUAUAAAAUGUCGAAUGUUAMCUAAUUUCGUUGUCACAAACUUAUGUAUUAAAAAUUUACUUUGAUGUAAAAUUAAUUUUGAACGCCAUUCAAUUUCAAUUUUGCUCUUUACGAAUAAAACAUUUGCUUUGAUAUAUCA